AAAGACUAAAUGGCUUCAAGAUUAGAGGAAGAUUUCUGCUGUUCUGUCUGUCAGGACAUCUUUAAAGAUCCUGUCAUACUGUCAUGUAGCCACAGCUUCUGUAAAGACUGUCUGCAGAGCUGGUGGAAAGAGAAACAAACACGGGAGUGUCCAGUUUGUAAAAGAAGACAUUCAAAGGAAAAACUACCUCCUAACUUUGCUUUACAGAACCUUUGUGAGAGUUUCUUACAGGAGAGAGAUCAGAGAGCUUCAGAGGCUCUCUGCAGUCUGCACUCUGAGAAACUCAAACUCUUCUGUCUGAACCAUCAGCAGCCGGUGUGUGUCGUCUGCAGAGAUUCAGAUAAACACACCAACCACAGAUUCAAACCCAUCGAUGAAGCUGCUCCACAACACAGGAAGGAACUUCAGGAAACUCUGGAGCCCUUAAAGAAGAAGUUAAAGGAUUUUGAACAGGUUAAAGUGAAGUAUGAUCAAACAGCAGAACACAUUCAGGUCCAGGCCCGACGCACAGAGAGGCAGAUUAAGGAGCAGUUUAAGAAGCUUCACCAGUUUCUAGAGGAGGAAGAGGAGGCCAGGAUGGCUGCACUGAGGGAGGAAGAGGAGCAGAAGAGUCAGAUGAUGAAGGAGAAGAUGGAGGCUCUGAGCAGAGAGAUAGCAGCUCUUUCAGACACAGUCAGAGCCACAGAGGACGAGCUGAGAGCUGAAGACGUCUCAUUCCUGCUCAACUACAAGGCUGCAGUGGACAGAGUCCAGCAGCGCCCCCUGCUGGAUGAUCCACAGCUGCCCUCAGGAGCUCUGAUAGACGAGGCCAAACACCUGGGCAACCUGACCUUCAAUAUCUGGAACAAGAUGAGGAACGUGGUCUCCUACACUCCUGUGAUUCUGGACCCAAACACUGCUGGUACAAGACUCAUCCUGUCUGAAGAUCUGACCAGUGUGACACUGGGUGAGGAGAAACAGCAGCUUCCUGAUAAUCCAGAGAGGUUUGAUGGUUACUACUGGUCUGUCCUGAGCUCCAAGGGCUUUAACUCAGGGACUCACAGCUGGGAUGUCGAAGUUGGAGACAGUAAACGUUGGUCACUGGGUGUGUCAGCGGAGUCUGUCCAGAGGAAGGGACCCAUACAGUCUGGAUUAUGGACAGUAUGUCUCAGUUAUGGUGAAUACUCAGCUCUCUCCCCAUCAGAUCCACCCACUGGUCUCAGUGUGCAGAAGAAGCUCCAGAGGAUCAGAGUGAUUUUGGACCGGGACAGAGGAAUGCUCUCGUUCUUUGAUCCUGAUACUAACACACACAUACACACCUUCACACACACUUUCACUGAGAGACUGUUUCCAUACAUUAACACUAUGGAUAAAGUGAAGAUUUUACCCGUGAAGGUCUUUGUGACUGUAGAACUACAUAAAUGACUAUGAGGAACAUCAAUCAGUUCAUGCUUUCAAGUCACACUGGCUUUUCUUCUCUGAGACUUUGAAGAACAUGUGACUUUGUUGUCCUGAUGUUGGCUGUCAUGGUGGAGAGGAUGACCUCUACAUUGUAAAAACAACUAAGAAAACGUUUGCGAUUAAAAAAAGAAAAAACAACUUUUUAUUUGAUGUGAUGAAACAGGCAUGCAGGACAUUUACUGUGUCAAUAGUUUUACUGGUAACAAUUAAUAGUUUUAAUCCAGAAAAAAGCGGAUGUAUUAAUUUCCAAAAAGGUGCAUGAGUCGCUUGCUUUGCCAUUUUGACCGCAAUUAAGUACAGCAUUAAUUUAAUUAGUGGAGAUAUUUUGCUUGUAGAAACAUUCUCAGUGUUGUAAGUUCGUAACUUCAUGCAAAACUCACACAGUUAAUGUAGGUGAAGCAUUUUUGUUCCCUUGUUACUAUAAAAUGA